AUCGUAUUACGUUCGGUUAAUAUUCAUGGCUAUGGAGAUGAAAUAUACGAUGGCAUGUAUAUAGAUGGAGGCCCUCCUAAAAAGAGUAAAAGUGAUCCAAAACAAAUAUGCCACCGACAAAACAAAACUAAUCCUGAAGUAAACACUGCUGGAAAUUACGGAACAUUAUUAUCUUUAUGUGAUACACCAUAUUCUUUAAGCAAUGAAACAAUUUCAUAUUUACAAAAUAAUUUUAAAAAUAUCGAUUUUAUUAUUUUUACUGGGGAUUUUAAUAGGCAUGAUAGAGAUCGAUUAAUUCCUAGGACUAAUGAACAAAUAAUUUCAGGACAUAAAAUCAUAGUUAAAUAUUUUACGGAAAUUUUUGACCCUGAUAAGAUUAAGUUUUUUCCUACGUUUGGGAACAAUGAUGAAUUCGCACAUGACCAAUUUCCGCCAGGUCCAAAUGAUCUAUUAAUAGCUGUGAAAGAUGCAUGGACUCCUUUAAAAUUAAAUUUAACAAAUGACUUUUUAAUUGGUGGCUACUUUCGUCACGAUAUCAAUUCAAAACUUUCUGUUUUAAGUUUGAAUUCAAUGUAUUUUUAUCCCUACAAUUUUCAAUCACCAGAUUGUGCAGUUCCAAAUUCACCUGGUGAAAUACAGUUGAAAUGGAUUGAAAAUGAAUUGGAAAAUGCUAAACACGAUGGUAGAAAAGUUUAUAUUAUUCAACAUGUCCCUCCUGUUAAUGUUACAGGAUAUUCGCAAUACAAUGAAUCAUGUUACAAUUCAUACGUUGAUUUACUUGGCCAUUAUCAUGAUAUAAUUUAUGGGCAUUUUACUGGACAUACAAAUGAAGAUAAUACAGCAUUUCUUACACAAGAUUCCAAAACUUCUAAAUAUAAACUUAUUGGGCUUGGUGACCCUACAAUAUUAUCAUCAUCUGAUAAUUAUAAAAAUAUAUUGAUGCCAUUAUAUAAUGCCCCUUCAAUUGUUCCAGAUAUUAACCCGGCAUUUCGAGAAUUAUUAUACUCCACUUCUAUUGAAACUUUUGGCAAGUUACAAAGUUGGAUUCAACAUUAUAGUGAUAUAACAAAGGCCAAUAUAGAAGGUAAAGUUACUUGGGAAAUUGAAUAUACUACUGAAUCAGCUUAUAAUAUUAAAGGAUUGGAUGCUCAAUAUUGGACUAAAGUGUUAGCUGAUUUCUCUUUACCAAAUUCUAACACUUGGAAAUUAUAUUAA